AGGGCUUCUCUUAUCUCAAAACUGAUACCUCAAAGACUAGACAGUGGAAUAAGGAGAUCCAAUGUACCAAACGUGCCCUUUGUAAAAUAUCAAAGUGAUCUAACGUACAGUUGUAAUUGUCCACCUGCCUUGUAUGAACGACUGGCUGGCUGGCUGCCCCACCCGGUGGAACAUUUCAGAAAAUUUAUUGUUGAAAGUUCAAAAGAGAAGGGACUAAACUUCCAACCACUAAUAAGCUACAUAGUAAAACACCUUGGGUGAUUCUCAUACCUGUUGAAAAUACAAUGGAGAGAGAAAAUGAACAGUACUUUCUGAACAGUUCAGCACGGGAGGAUCGAUUAGGUUUUAAUGGAGAGAAUAGCAGAGAAAAAGGAGUUGGACGAGAAGAGAUCAUUGAGGAAGUGAAGAAGCAGCUACGGCUGGCAGGUCCUUUAAUAUGUGAGAGUUUGUUGCUGUACUGCUUACAAUUGAUAUCUGUUAUUUUUGUGGGUCAUCUUGGUGCGUUAGCUCUUUCUUCUGCUUCACUGGCCACUUCUUUCGCGUCAGUACUGGCAUUUAACCUGCUGUUGGGGAUGUCAACAGCGUUGGAGACUCUUUGUGGCCAGUCAUACGGAGCAAAGCAAUAUCGUAUGUUGGGCAUACACACGCAAAGAGCCAUGUUUGUUCUUUCACUCAUUAGCAUACCCCUUGCUAUCGUUUUGGCAAACACAGGAUCAAUUCUGGCUGCCAUAGGCCAAGAUCCUGUAAUUUCACAGGCAGCCGGAGUGUAUGCUCGUUUCAUGAUCCCAAGCCUGUUUGCCUAUGCUAUUCUUCAGUGCCUUCUCAGAUUCCUAAGAACCCAAAACAAUGUAUUCCCAAUGGUGUUAAGCUCUGGAAUCACAACUUUGAUACACAUUUUUGUGUGUUGGAUUCUGGUGUUUAAAUUUGGCCUUGGGAAUAAAGGUGCUGCUCUGGCAGGUUCCAUUUCCUACUGGAUCAAUGUGUUGAUGUUGGCAUUUUAUAUGAAGCUCUCUCCCUCUUGUGCGGAAACUUGGACUAGCUUUUCAAGGGAGUCCAUGCAUGAGAUUUUUGCCUUCCUCAGCCUAGCUGUUCCUUCCACUGUAAUGGUCUGCUUGGAAAAUUGGUCAUUUCAACUGUUGGUGUUUCUCUCCGGUCUUCUUCCUAACCCAGAGUUAGAAACUUCAGUGAUUACAAUCUGCAUUAAUACCACUGCAGUUAUUUGGAUGAUUCCCUUUGGACUGAGCAGUGCUGCAAGCAUUCGGGUGUCGAAUGAAUUAGGAGCUGAAGAUCCAAAAGCGGCUCAUUUGGCUGUGCGUCUAGUCCUAUACCUGGCUAUUUCUCAGGGUAUUUUGGUGGGAUUGGCACUGAUAUUGAUGCGCAACAUCUGGGGUUAUGCUUAUAGCAAUGACGUACAAGUCAUCAGAUACGUCGCAGCUAUGAUUCCAAUUCUUGCCACAUCCAACUUUAUAGAUGGAGUCCAAUGUGUUCUUUCAGGGAUUGCUAGAGGAUGUGGUUGGCAGAAGAUAGGUGCAUACAUCAAUCUUGGAUCUUAUUAUCUUGUUGGCACUCCUCUGUCUAUUGUAUUAGCUUUUGUCUUCCGAAUUGGUGGCAAGGGUCUGUGGCUUGGUAUCACCGGCGCACUAAUCACUCAAAUGCUUUCUCUUUUGAUAAUUACGGCACGCACUAAUUGGGAGCAAGAAGCAAAAAAUGCUAUGGAAAGAGUUCGUGCCUCGAAAGUACCUGCGGAGUUGGACAAUGCUUUAUCAUGAAGCAGAAUUCUUGCAGCCCUACAAUGGAGCAGCAUGGAAGUUGAACUAGCCGGCAAGCAACUGAGAGUUAGAACUAGCUUAGCUUAAUUAGCACUAGAUACUAGCGUUGUACAAAUUAGCUUGGAGUUAGAACUGAGACUUGCUUACUUAAAGUUGCAGGAAAAGAUGCUUCAGAUAUGGUGGAUAAUAUCUCUUUUUCUAAUUUUCAGUAAGUUACUUUGUGGCUCCAUUGCAGAGAAAUGUUUUCUGGCCUUUUAUUGGCCUCUUCUCUUGCAAAACUUAAUGCUGCUAAAAGGGUCAA